GCACAAGAAGACUUCAAAAGAACCCCGACGAUUGGGUUUGCUUUGUUGACCACUUUUGUCCAAUCCGAACCAAAACAGCCUCCAACCCACCAGCACCAGCUCCAACCUCACCAACAACACAGGUGUAAAGAUUCAGACUCCUCGACCAUCAUGAACAAGAGCGUGUACUAUUCGCCCCUCUUCCUCAUCCUCUCAUCCCUCAUGGUCUGCUCGAUCGAUGCCCACUCGUCUCAUAACGACAGUCCCGCAGACCCAUCGGCAGAUUUCUUGACGGUCCAUAUGGACAAGGAGCAUCACAUCCAGGGAUUCGACUUAGAAUCGGCAUUCCAUCUACACGACCUGAACUCGGACAACAUCCUCGAAGCCUCGGAGAUCCUCAAGCUCUAUGGAGUCGACCACGAGACGGCCAUCGACCAGUCCCUCUCCGUCGACCAUCACAACUCUGUCGCCUCCAGAAUCCUCUCCGAAGUGAUGGAGAAACUCGACCUUAAUCAGGACGGCUUGAUCACCAAGUCCGAGUUCGUCUCCGUCGUCAGUCGCGACGGACUCCCGAAAUUCGACGAUAUCUCCGGCUUGGGCCAUCAUUAUGAUGAGGAGGGCGAAUACUUCUUACACCACGAAGAAAUGUUCCACAACAGUCCGGAUUCGCAGAAAGAAGAAGCCUACAUCCACCCAGAAGACAUCGAGCAUUUCACGCACCACGAGGAGAUCGAAGUGAAGGAGGACGAGCUAGCGCGGCUUGCGCAGGGCUUGCCGGCGGAUGUGAACACGCUCGAGUACCGCAAGAUGCGCGAGGAACAUGCCCAGCUCGAGCAGGAACGCGAACGCAGAGUCGACGCCGUCCGCGCUCAGGCCGCGAAGUAUAACUCCAUCCAUCUCGAGGCUCAGCGCAGAGGCUCCUGGAAUGGGUUCAAGAAACCCGUCGAUCAGGCCGAUCGGCUCCGUAAAAAUAUCCCCUAUAAGUAUAAGCUUCGAAAACCUUUUUUUGGAGAGUUUUGAUUCCACAUUCUCUUUCACAAAAUUCAAAAAUAUCUCUUUUACACAACAAGCAUCUCUUUCUCUCCUCCUUAAACUUCCUUUUCUUCUGCUUACCUGUAUUCAUCGUUCCAUGAUUUCCAAACCCUGGAUUGAUUCCAAUCACAAACAAACAAACAAAAAAUUAGCAGUAUUGAGAUAUAAAGACAUUCUUCUUUGAAUAAAAUCCUUGUAUUGUUGUUCUUUAUGGUUUCCUUGUUUGGUUGUUGUUAUGUUGUUGAACUCUCUUCUCUCUUCCUCUCUCCUGGAAAUCUGCAAAAAGAACUAGACACAGCAGUUUUGUAUGUUUCUCUAUUGAUUUUGUGUGUUUGUUUAUCCGCUGGUGAUCUUCUUCUUUGUUGUUAUUGUUACUAAUAGAACGAUUUUCGUUCCUACUUGUCCAUCCUUCCUUCCACACAAACACAAACAGACAAACAGACACGGGCCCAUUUUUUUAGCAUGA